AUGGACUUUGUGAAACCCUUGGCACAUCAGCAACAGAAGGAGCAGGAGAAAGCACCCAGAGAGAAAUGCUUGUCAGGAAGAGACAGAUGUUAUGUACGUGUGUCUUUUGACACAAAGCCUGACCUUCUUCUGCAUCUGAUGACCAAAGAGUGGCAACUUGAGCUCCCUAAACUUCUCAUCUCUGUGCAUGGGGGCCUUCAGAAUUUUGAACUUCAGCCAAAACUCAAGCAGGUCUUUGGAAAAGGACUCAUUAAGGCUGCUAUGACAACUGGAGCAUGGAUAUUCACUGGAGGAGUAAACACAGGAGUCAUUCGGCAUGUUGGAGAUGCACUGAAAGAUCAUGCGUCAAAAUCUAGAGGGAAGAUCUGCACCAUUGGUAUAGCUCCAUGGGGGAUUGUGGAAAAUCAAGAGGAUCUGAUUGGCAAAGAUGUGGUCCGACCAUACCAGACAAUGUCCAAUCCCAUGAGUAAGUUGACAGUGCUCAACAGUAUGCAUUCACAUUUUAUUUUGGCUGACAAUGGCACUACUGGUAAAUAUGGAGCAGAAGUGAAACUUCGUAGACAGUUGGAAAAGCACAUUUCACUUCAGAAGAUAAAUACAA